AUGUCUGAAGACAUACUUAAUUGCCAUUACGUGCCAUUAAGUACCUUGCAAAGAGCAAUGGAUUUAUUAGAAACACCGUUCGCAUUUAGAGAGCACGAUAAGCGUUGCAAGCGUAACCUCGUGCAUUUACAAACAAAUAGAAGUUUGUACGAUUCUGAAAUAAGAAGAGUAAAAUGGAGGAAUGCAUUCCAAUUGGCUUUAAGACGUGCUAUAUAUUCUCAUGAUUGGGACAGACUUGUUUAUUUAUUAAAAAAAUCACCAAUAUGGGAGCAUACAUCUAAUCGAUGUGAUGAAUUACCUAUUUAUAUGAGAGCAUUGACUAUCCUGCUAAUGUAUCAUCCAUUGGCAAAAGCUCAGCUAUUGUUAAAUGAUUAUCUGCAUAUGAAUGCAAUAGGUUUGCCCGUAGCUAAAGCAAUGAUGUCUGACGAUGGGGAGUGUAUAGAGUGGAAAUAUAAUCUUGUGUUGGAUGGUCCGGCUGAAGUAUGGCUCUUAGGGCUAGAACACACUAUGCGGGUUGUUUUAAGAGAGCAACUAAUAUUGACAAGAGCUGCUUUGAGAAAAUGUAGAUAUCAAAGAGAGCAAUGGAUAAACGAUUGGCCCGGACAGCUCGGCAUCACUAGUAGUAAGAUUCAAUGGACUUCUGAUUGCACCCGGACGCUAUGUCGUUGUGAGAUAAUGAAAGAGAAGAAACCUUUAAAAAAGCUACGUAAAAAGCAAAAUCAGAUUCUGGCAACAUUACAAGCGAUGUCUCGAAAGGAGAUCUCGAAGAUAUUAAGGUGUAAAGUGAACGCUUUGUGUGUUAUAGAAAUCCAUUCUAGAGAUACCGUUGAUAGGAUGUAUAAAAUGGCAUUACAUUUAUUCCGCGGAGGAAGUCCCCAAGGCCCGGCCGGUACAGGCAAAACGGAGACCACAAAGGAUCUUGGCAGAGCGUUGGCUCGAUGGGUCGUAGUUACUAAUUGUUCAGACGGACUUGAUUAUAAGAGUAUGGCUAAAUGUUUUGCAGGCAUUGCCCAAAGUGGUUGUUGGGGAUGUUUCGAUGAGUUCAAUCGUAUCAAUAUAGAGGUGCUAUCAGUCGUCGCACAACAAAUUCUCGCCGUUCUAUUGGCUUUAUCUCUAAACCAGAAACGAUUCAUGUUUGAAGGCGCUGAUAUCAAAUUGGAUGGAAACUGUGGAAUAUUUAUUACAAUGAAUCCAGGUUACGCCGGUCGAACGGAGCUGCCGGACAAUUUAAAAUCAAUGUUCAGACCUAUCGCCAUGUGUGUUCCCGAUUCACUUAUUAUUGCGGAGAAUACGUUAUUCUCUGAUGGUUUUACCGCUUAUAAGAUAAAUGCUAAAAAGGUGUUUACUCUAUACCAAUUGGCAAUGCAGCAACUAUCUAAGCAGGAUCAUUACGACUUUGGUCUGCGCUCAAUGGUAGCACUGCUCAGGUAUGCGGGCGUGAAACGACGUGCUUACCCCAACCUGCCGGAGCAAGAGAUGGUAAUCCUAGCUAUGCGGGACAUGAACGUAGCGCGUUUAACGUCUAAAGACGUGCCGUUAUUCGAUGGUAUAAUGAGAGAUAUAUUCCCCGAUGUAGAGAUUCCAACGCUAGAUUACGAGAUGCUGGAAACAGCAAUAUCUGCUGAGAUGAGACUGCUCACUUUGCAGCCGAUUAAGGCGGCGUUGUAUAAAGUUAUACAAACAUAUGAGACUAAAAACUCUCGACAUUCUAGUAUUCUUCUCGGUGAUACAAACACUGCUAAGACUGUGUCUUGGAAAAUGUUAGCGGCGACCUUAAGUAGAUUGCAUCGAGAGAAAGUACCAGGCUUCGAGAAUGUUCAAGUGUAUCCGAUGAAUCCGAAAUCUUUGACUUUGGGUGAAUUGUAUGGGGAAUAUAAUCUGGCUACAGGGGAGUGGAAGGAUGGUGUUUUAUCUUCUAUAAUGAGGACCACUUGUCAAGACGAAUCGCCAGAUCAAAAGUGGAUCAUUUUUGACGGCCCCGUAGACGCGGUUUGGAUAGAGAAUCUUAACUCGGUUAUGGAUGAUAAUAAGCUUUUGACUUUAGUUAACAGUGAAAGAAUAUCAAUGCCUUCUCAGGUCUCCCUCCUCAUAGAGACUUUGGACUUAGCCGUAGCGUCACCCGCAACGGUGUCACGUAAUGGUAUAGUGUAUAACGAUUAUAAGGAUUGGGGUUGGUGGCCGUUUGUCAACUCCUGGCUCGAAUCGGUUAGCGAUCUGGAAUAUAGAGAGAUGCUCCGACGCCAUUUCCAAAAUAUCUUGACCCCCGUGUUAGAACUCAAAAGGUUACAUCUAGUGGAAGGACAAAGUGUUAGAGGUCAAGAAUUAACCGGCGUAAGGUCUUUGUGCCGUUUGUUAGGCUUGUUGCCUGCGCCCGCGCAGCCUUUACCCGACCAAGAAGAUAAUGAAUCGUUCUCCAAAAUGAGAUUUCUGUUUGCACUAGUAUGGUCAGUGUGUGCGACGUUAGAAGAGGAAUCGCGUCGGAAACUUGACAAUUGGAUACGAGAGCACGAAGGUGUUUUCCCAUUAAAGGACACUGUGUACGAUUAUUAUGUAGAUGAAAGGUUGAGGCAGUUCAAGCCGUGGGAAGAUAAGUUGCCUGAUAACUGGAGGUUUAAUCCUAAUUUAGGUUUCCAUACUAUUCUGGUCCCUACAGUGGAGUUCAUAAGGAUACAAAUGGUUGGCCUCGAAGUAGUGAGAGCGGGCCACGGGGUGCUAGUGGGAGGGUCCACCGGGACCGGCAAGACUUGCUUGUUGCAAGGCACUUUGGCGAGCUUAGAUCGUGAUAGAUACAGCACGCAAGUUAUUAAUAUGUCAGCGCAAACCACUGCAGCGAAUGUGCAAGAUAUCAUAGAAGCCAGACUUGAGAAGAGGACUAAAGGCAACUACGUACCUGCGGGAGGUAAGAAGAUGAUAGCUUUCAUGGACGAUAUUAACAUGCCGGUGAGAGACGAGUACGGUUCGCAGCCUCCCUUGGAGCUGGUACGUCUUUGGUACGACUACGGCUACUGGUUCGAUCGACAGAAGCAAUGGAGGAAGAAUGUAAAGGACAUGGUACUGUGCGGCGCCGCCGGCCCGCCCGGGGGCGCUCGCUCCCCCCUCCCCCCGCGCUUGCUCUCAUGCUUCCAUGCUUUCUACCUGCCCCCUCCCACCCAACAACAGCUGAUCAAAAUAUAUGGCACCAUGCUCUCGCAGCACUUGCAAGAGUUUGAUGAGGAAACCAAAACUGUUGGUAAAAUUGUACUUACUGCCACCAUUGACAUGUUUCAUAACAUAGUGGCUAAGCUGCUACCAACACCCAGUAAGAUGCACUAUCUUUUCAACCUGAGGGAUAUAUCAAAAAUCUUUCAGGGCCUUUUAAGGAGUAAUAAGGACUACCAAAAUACUAAACCACGAUUUCUUAGGUUAUGGGUACAUGAAUGUUUCAGAGUAUUCUGUGAUCGGCUUACCGAAGAAAAGGAUCGCGACUGGUUUAUGAAUCAAAUGGGCGACAUGCUCGGCAAGCACUUUGAGUUGACAUUCCACGCGCUCUGUCCUUCUAAGAGUCCGCCAGUUUUUGGGCAUUUCCUAAAUCCUUUUGAAGUUUAUGAUGAUUUAAAUGAUCCUAAGGCAUUGAGAAGAUACAUUGCGAACCAAAUGGAAGAAUACAAUAGUUGUCCAGGUGUUGUGAAAAUGGAUUUAGUGUUGUUCAAAGAUGCUAUAGAACAUAUCUGUCGUAUCGUGCGAGUUAUAUCGCAGCCUCGAGGUCAUAUGCUGUGUGUUGGGAUAGAUACAAAGAAAACCACGUUCAUAUUCUGCGACACUCAAAUAGUGGAAGAGACAUUCACUGAGAUCGUCAACAAUUUGUUAAGUAGUGGUGAAAUCACUAAUCUGUAUAAAGCUGACGAGUUCGAAGAUAUUAAACAAGCUCUAGAAAAACCAAUGAAAACUGCAAAUAUAUUGCAAACAGCGGAAUCAGUGUACCUGUUUCUAGUGGACCGUGUUCGAGCUAAUAUGCAUAUUGUGCUAUGUUUUAGUCCUAUUGGAGAUGAAUUUAGAAAUCGUAUCCGUCAAUAUCCUGCCCUCAUCAAUGCCACUACCACGAAUUGGUUCUUAGAGUGGCCGAGGGAGGCGUUACUGGAAGUGGCUUAUAAGUUCCUCGAGGGUGUCGAGCUACUUGCGUCUAUUACUGGACCUAGAGUUCGAAGAAAAGAAUCUCUAGUAGAAAGCAGGGAAGAUGUAAUGCGAGCGUCAGUAGCAUCUAUCAUGUCGUUGAUACACUCCUCAGUAGGACAGUAUUCUGUGAAGAUGUGGCUUGAGAUGAGGAGGACCAAUUAUGUGACUCCCACCAAUUAUCUUGAACUUGUUUCUGGAUAUAAGGAGAUGCUUAAAGCUAAAAGGAUAGAAAUAGCUCUGCAAGCGAACAAACUAAGAAAUGGUUUGGGGAAAGUGGAAGAGACUACAAAGUUAGUUGGUCAAAUGUCGGAAGAACUUGCUAUUGCUCAAGUCCAAGUAGCAGAAUACACAGAACAGUGUAUAGAGUACAUGGGCGUGAUCAACGUGCAGCAACGCAACGCGGACGAGCAGCAGCGCAGUGUCGCCGCGCGCAGCAAGAAGACGCAGGAGGAGGAGGCGCAGUGCAAGAAGCUGGCCGACGCCGCUAUGCGCGACCUGGCCGGCGCCAUGCCCGCGCUUGAAGAGGCCGUCAAGGCCUUGGAUGCACUAAAUAAAAAAGAUAUAACUGAAGUCAAGUCCUACGCUAAACCACCGCAGAAGGUAGAGAUGGUCCUCGAAGCUGUUCUUAUUUUGUUACAAAAAGAGCCGACUUGGGCCGAAGCGAAACGCCAACUCGGUGAUCAGUACUUUCUGGAUAGAUUGCGUGACUUCGACAAAGAUAACAUAGCGGAUAAAACGUUAAAGAAGAUUGGUACAUACACCGCCAAGCCAGACUUUGACCCAGAGAUAGUUGGUACUGUGUCUUUGGCGGCCAAGUCUUUGUGUCUGUGGGUCAGAGCUAUAGAGAAAUAUGGGAAGGUUUAUAAAAUUGUGAAACCUAAAAAGGAGCGUCUCGAAGAAGCACUAGAGUCUUUGCGUAUGAAACAGCAGAUAUUAGCAGAAGCUCGUGCCAAGUUGAGGGAGUUGAGUGAAAUGAUAGCUCGGUUGCAAAAGGAAUAUGAUGAAAAAUUGGCACAGAAGGAGGAGUUAGAGAGGAAGUCGCAUAUGCUACAACUGAAACUAGAAAGAGCUGAGGCUCUUAUUACUGGCCUUUCCGGUGAACGGGAAAGAUGGGAAAUGACGGUGGAACGCUUAGAUAGAGAGUUUGAGAAUUUGCCCGGUGACUGUCUCAUUGCUACCGGUUUUGUUGCGUAUCUCGGCCCUUUUGUAUCGGAAUAUCGCGAAGCGCUCAUGGACGAUUGGUUAAGAGAGGUUUAUAACGAAACAUUGCCAGUAACGAUGGAGCUGAGUAUGAAAACGUUCUUAUUAGAUGAUGCUACUUUAAGAGAUUGGAAUUAUAUGGGACUGCCAGAUGACAACUUUAGCGCUGAAAAUGGUAUUAUAGUCGUCCGCGCGACUCGUUGGCCGCUGGCCGUCGAUCCUCAGGGGCAGGCUCUAAUAUGGAUAUCUAGAUUAGAGGAAAAGAAUGAUAUACAGAUCGUUGACUUUGGUCAACCCAACUAUUUGAAAAUUAUGGAGACCUGCCUGUCCCAUGGGAAACCAAUCAUAAUUCAGAAUGUCGGCGAGGUUUUAGACCCAUCAAUAGCCCCAAUAUUGGAUAAGGCGAUAGUGAAAAUUGGAGCCAAUUUGGUCAUCAAAUUCAAUGAGAAGAUGGUGCCCUAUAAUCCGGCAUUCAAGAUGUACUUGACGACGAAACUUGGUAACCCAGUAUACACGCCAGAAACUCUAACAAAAACGACCAUGGUUAACUUUGCGGUCAAAGAACAGGGUCUAACCGCGCAGUUACUUAGUAUAGUGGUGCGUAAGGAAAGACCUCAACUAGAGACUAUGAAAGAUCACCUCGUUAUCACUAUUGCUAACAGCAAGAAAGUAUUGGUGGAUUUGGAAAACGACUUACUACGUAUAAUGUACGAAUCUCAAGUACCAUUGUUGGAAAAUGAAGAACUUUUCGUAACAUUGCAAACGUCACAAAGAACGUCACUCGAGGUUAAAGAAGCGUUGAUCACAUCUCAGGAUACUGAGAAAGAGAUUGAUACAGCUAGACAGGGCUACGUACCGGUAGCAGUACGUGCUUCAGUGCUGUUCUUUGCGUUAAACGAUUUGUCUAAAAUCGAUCCCAUGUACCAGUUCUCACUCGACGCCUACAUCGAUCUAUUCACUUACUCCAUUGACAGAAGCCCCAAAAGCGGGGAACUUGAGGAUCGAAUUAACAAUCUCAAUGAGUUUCAUACUUUUGCUGUUUACAAAAACACAUGUCGUGCUUUAUUUGAGCGGCACAAGCUUCUGCUCUCCUUCCACAUAGUAUCUCGGAUACUAUUUCAGAUGGGAAAGAUGAGUAGCCACGAAUACUUGUUCCUCCUAAAGGGUGGAAUUGUGUUGGACAGAUCUGAGCAGCCAGACAACCCAACGAAUUGGUUGCCGGACGAUUGUUGGGACAACAUAACGGAAUUGGAUAAACUGCCCGGCUUCCAUGGGGUGAUUGAUAGUUUUGAGGUAUACUCUAAAGAAUGGAGAGAAUGGUAUCUCCAUCCUGAACCUGAAACUCAGCCUCUAAUUGGCGAUUGGAACGACAUUUGUAACGAUUUUCAACGUAUUCUCUUCGUGCGCUCUUUGCGAGUUGACCGCGUGUCAGCGUGUGUGACCACUUAUAUUGUGAAUGUUCUUGGACCACGUUAUGUUGAACCGCCUGUGCUUGAUAUUAAGGCAGCCUGGGAGGAGUCCACAUGGAAAACGUCACUGCUUUUCGUCCUGUCACCUGGGGUGGACCCAACGUCAGCUUUGAUUCAGCUCGCCACUGAUGUGAAGAUGUUUGAUAAAUUCCAAUCACUUAGUUUGGGGCAAGGCCAAGCCCCUACUGCUGCUAGGAUGCUAUCACAAGGCAUGAAAGAAGGUGGGUGGGUGUUCCUGGCUAAUUGCCACUUGGCGUGUGCCUGGCUCGGAGCUUUACGUGGCUUGGACAACCCUCGCAUACACCCGCGCUUCAGACUAUGGCUUUCGUCCAUGCCAGAUGAAAAGUUCCCUCUGAAUGUACUGCAGAGAUCUAUAAAGAUGACCACCGAACCUCCGCAGGGUCUAAAAGGUAAUAUGGUUCGUCUGUUCGCUAAUAUAAAUGAGGACAAAUUUGAUGAAGCUACGCCCAAGUAUCGACGUCUGUUGUUCUGUGUGUCCUUCUUUCACUGCGCAUUGAUUGCUCGAAAACGCUUCCGGCAACUUGGAUAUAACGCUGUUUACAGCUUUAAUGAUUCUGAUUUCGAGGUGUCAGAUAAUUUACUAGCAAAUUAUCUAGAAGAGUACGAAGAAGUCCCGUGGGACGCGUUACGGUACUUGUUCGCAAUAAUCAACUACGGCGGACACAUCACCGACGAUUGGGACAAGCGAGUUCUUAUUGCGUACAUCAAUCAGUUCUUUUGUGAAGAGGCUCUUGAUAUUCCAUUCUAUAGACUGUCAAGUAUCCCGGCGUAUCACAUCCCGCGGGAUGGCAGCCUGGAGUCAUACCGGGAUUUCCUAGACCUGCUGCCGGGGUACGAGCGCGCCGAGUCCAUCGGACAACACGCGUCUGCUGAUGUGGCCACUCUUGCACAGGACGCUAGAAUAAUGUGUUCGACUUUGUUCGCUCUCGUGUCCACCGGCGGCGGCGGCGGCGGCGGCGGAGAAGAUCAGAAGGUUGACGAGCUAGCCGCAGAAAUGCUUUCCAAACUCCCUUCCCGCAUUGACGUGGAGACCACCGAGCGUAUGAUGGGCUCCGAAAUAGUGAUGCCGAUGUGUGUGUCAUUGUUACAAGAAAUUGGAUAUUUUAACGAGUUGAUCACUAAUAUUAUUGCUGGGCUCAAGGAACUACGUCGUGCGAUAGAAGGCUUAGUGGUGAUGUCAGAAAUGUUGGAGAUCAUGUAUUCGUGCAUUUUUGAAGGGAGAGUGCCAUUGUUUUGGCAAAAAGCGCGGCCGUCGCUGAAGCCGCUGGGCGCGUGGUGCCGCGAGCUGCGGGCGCGCGGCGCGCAGCUGGCGGCGUGGGCCGCGGCGCCGCGCGCGCCGCCCGCGCUGUGCUGGCUGCCCGCGCUCGCCGCGCCCGCCGGCUUCCUCACGGCCGUCAUGCAGACUACAGCUCGCGGUGAAGGCUGGCCCAUAGACACUCUGUGCUGGGAGUUCACAGUGAUGCCUCUAGAGGAGAGUGGCUUCGUGCGCCCGCCUCGGGACGGCGGCGUUUAUAUCAGGGGUUUAUAUCUCGAGGGAGCGAGUUGGUCCCGUAAAGACGGUCACCUCCAGGAACCGUUGCCCAUGCAGCUGGUCUUCCCCAUGACCCCCAUACAUUUCAAACCGGUGAGGGCUACAGGGAGACGAAUGAAAAAUCGAUACGUCUGUCCGUGCUACUACUAUCCGUUACGUAUGGGAGCGUUUGUGGUCGCGGUUGAUCUUCACUCCGGUAAAGAGAUUUCGGAUUUUUGGGUGAAACGAGGUACUGCCUUGCUUUGUACUUUGGCUACU